AUUUUAUCUGUUAAAUGAAUAUUGAUCUGUCAUAACAAUUGCAAAAAUACAGGCAGGAGAUUAACAGUAAGUUCAAAUAGAAACAAAUACUGGCUUAAACUAUCUUUAAAUUAGUAUGCAUCUAUUGGUAUUUUAAUCUAGGCUUCGUAAUCAAAUAAAAAGGAUAAUGUCAAUUUGGCUACUUUGAAGUAAGACUUAGGUAGACAAAGAACUAAGCAGAGAACUUCGGUUACAAGUAUAUUAGAUUUGAUGUAAUUUAGAUUUUUAAGGGAGUCCUUUGAAAAAUAUGAUAAGACAAAACUAAUCACCAAAUGCUUAAAUGAGAAAUGAAUUUAAUUCAUCAAAGUUUAUAAGUCCUAUGAGAUCCAUGUCUCAAUUCAAGCAAUCACCCAAGUAAUCGAAGUUUCAAAUUCCAACUCCAAGAGAUGCUAAUUAAACUUAAAGUGCAGUUAAAUUAUAUUCAUCGAAAUAUUAAAAAGUAUUGCCAAGCGAGCAAGGCAAUUACUAUAGUCAACUUCAAGCCAAGUUGGAUGGUUUGGCAUAAUUGAUAGGAUCUGAGGAGGAUUAUCAUUAAAAUGCUAAGGAUGUUGAAAAUGUAAUUGAAGAAACAAUUAACAAUUUUCACAACUCAAAUAAAUAAAACAAGUUUGAUCAAAUAAAAAGUUAACAGUAAGUGCUUGAAUAGGAUUUGAAGCAAUUAACCUUCAAAAUCUCUAGAUUUAAUGUCUAUAAAGAUUGA